AUGCCGCGGAGCCGGGGGAUGCCGCGGAGCUGGGAUGCUGCGGAGCUGGGAUGCCGCGGAGCUGGGAUGCUGCGGAGCUGGGAUGCUCCGGAGCGGGGAUGCUCCGGAGCGGGGAUGCUGCGGAGCGGGGAUGCUGCGGAGUGGGGAUGCUGCGGGGCUGAGCAACCCUUCGGGCUCCUGCGGCAGCCUCAAGUCAUGUCCUGCCCCGUCUCAGAGCUGGUUGAGUGCCGGCGCGCUGUGCCUGAGCCCGAAUUGCUUAAAGAGAUCGAGCGUCUUCCCGGGGAACCCCCAUGUUUUUGUCUUUCAGGCCAGAAGGUGUGCUAUGGUGCCUUCAAGCAUUCGUGUUACAAAUUAGCUUAUUUCCAGGACUUGUCUAGACGCGUGGGCUUCCAGGAAGCCCGCCAGGCCUGUGAAAUCGAUGGUGGGGCUUUACUGAGCUUGGAAAGCGAAGCUGAGCAGCAGCUAAUAGAAAACAUGCUGCAAAACCUCACCAAAUCAGGCUCUGGGAUUUCUGAUGGUGAUUUCUGGAUUGGGCUGUGGAGAAGUGGCGAUGGACUGGCCACGUCGAGUGCUUGCCCCGACCUCUACCAGUGGGCUGAUGGAAGUAUGUCACCAUUCAGAAAUUGGUACACAGAUGAGCCUUCCUGUGGAAGUGAAGCCUGUGUGGUGAUGUAUCAUCAGCCAACUGCAAACCCUGGUCUGGGGGGGCCAUACCUUUAUCAAUGGAAUGAUGAUAGAUGCAACAUGAAGCACAACUUUAUCUGCAAAUAUGCCCCAGAUAAUGUCUUAGAGAAAGAAUUAGGAGACAGAGCAGAGCCAGAAUACGAAAUUUUUCCAACCGUGCCAGCAGGAAAUCCUUAUGACACAAGCAAACCAGAAGAUCAGUAUCAUAUUAUUGCUACUGAAACAGGUAUAAUUCCAAAUUUAAUAUAUGUUGUAAUACCCACUAUACCACUACUGCUGUUGAUACUGGUGGCUUUUGGGACGUGCUGUUUCCAGAUGCUUCAUAAAAGUAAAGGAAGAACAAAAACCAGUCCAAACCAGUCCACACUAUGGAUUUCAAAGACGUCUAGGAAGGACAGUAGCAUGGAGGUAUAAUGAUUUACUGACUGAAAACAGAGCAAAAAUAACAUUUUGCAGUGAGGCUGUAUUAUAAUGUCAUCAAAGAACAUUAGCUUGGAAUGGCUUGAAAAAUGCAAAGGAUCUACAAGAAUGAACUGUAAGCUCCCCCUUGAGGCAAAUGUUCACAUCAUUUUUAUAUAAUGUUUGUUUAUUAAUUCAGUAACAAAAUAUGCCAUGCUAAAUAAAGGGUAUGUGUUUAUUUUGCUAAGAGAUGUAAGUUAGCCAGUUGUGAGCAAUGAAAUGAAUAGAGCAUUUGAAGUUUUUAUGGGGAAAUAUCCACAAUGUAUGUCAGUUUUAAGACUGUUUGUAGUUAAACAAACCUCCUCUGUUUCUUUUAGUCUCUCAUGCAUUGUAUUGUAGUCAAUGUACAGUAAAUGGAAAUGACAAUUUUACAGUGUAACAAUUAUUUAUCUUUGCAUAAAAGUUUGAUACAAAAUA